GUUGCAGUGGGGGACUUGAAACUGUCUGAUUGGGCCAUGCAAGUUGCACAAAGGAAAAGUCAAGCAGCCUCUUGUAGGCGAACAAACAGCAACAGUUAUUCGCUCACCGGGACUACUGCAGAAGUUGUAUCAAUUAUUCCAUUAUUUAUAGCCAAAAUACCGAUGCUUACAGAAUAUAAAAAGUAUCUGUAAAUGGCAUGACUUUAUCGGGUUAAAUUGAGGAGAUUUUUUUUAUUGACCAGCUCACAAUGAAAAUGGAUUUUCAAACGAGUUGUGUGACUUUUUUCGCACUGAUCAUGCCGUCAAUGAUGGUAUCAGCGCAAGGGGAUAAUGGCAUUGCUUUCCCGGACCACGGAUUUUGCCAGCCUAUUUCAAUCCCACUAUGCACGGACAUCGCCUACAAUCAAACUAUCAUGCCCAAUCUGGUGGGACAUUACAAUCAAGAGGACGCAGGACUGGAGGUGCACCAGUUUUACCCAUUGGUAAAGGUACAGUGCUCGCCGGAACUUAAAUUCUUCCUAUGUUCAAUGUAUGCGCCUGUUUGUACAGUUUUGGAAAAGGCCAUUCCACCCUGUCGCUCAAUUUGCGAGAGGGCAAAGCACGGCUGCGAGGCGCUCAUGAAUAAAUUCGGGUUCCAAUGGCCAGAACGCCUCCGGUGCGAGAAUUUCCCCGUGCUUGGAGACGGGCACAUUUGCGUGGGUCAGAAUGAAUCUACUGCCACUGCCCCGCCCGUACACAUGCCAGUCCCUGGAACCCCUGGCGUCCAUGUCUACUCCACAUCAGACAGGCCUUUCCGCUGUCCAUCUGUGCUCAAAGUCCCCACUUAUCUGAAUUAUUCGUUUCUGGGGGAGCUGGAUUGUGGAGCACCAUGUGAACACUCCAGGAGCAGUGGGGGCUACAUGUUCUUCAAUGACAAAGAGAUUUAUUUUGCACGCAUAUGGAUCCUCAUCUGGUCAUCUCUGUGCUGUGCCUCCACCCUAUUCACCGUCACCACCUACCUAGUGGACAUGCAGCGCUUCAAGUACCCGGAGAGGCCCAUCAUCUUCCUCUCUGGGUGCUACACCAUGGUCUCCAUAGCCUAUAUCGCUGGCUACUUCCUGGGGGACAAGGUGGUGUGCAAUGACAGCUUCACCCCAGACGGAUACAAGACCAUAGUCCAGGGGACCAAGAAGGAGGGCUGCACCAUCCUCUUCAUGAUGCUGUAUUUCUUCAGCAUGGCCAGCUCCAUCUGGUGGGUCAUCCUCUCCCUCACCUGGUUCCUGGCAGCUGGGAUGAAGUGGGGGCACGAGGCUAUUGAGGCCAACUCCCAGUACUUCCACCUGGCAGCCUGGGCUGUGCCCGCCGUGAAGACCAUCAGCAUCCUGGCCAUGGGGCAGAUCGAGGGGGACGUGCUCAGUGGGGUGUGCUUUGUGGGCCUCAACAGCCUGAACCCCAUACGGGGCUUUGUCCUGGCCCCCCUCUUCAUCUACCUCUUCAUCGGUACCUCCUUCCUCCUGGCCGGCUUCGUGUCCCUGUUCCGCAUCCGCACCAUCAUGAAGCACGACGGCACCAAGACGGAGAAGCUGGAGCGCCUGAUGGUGCGCAUCGGGGUGUUCAGCGUGCUCUACACCGUCCCCGCCACCAUCGUCAUCGCCUGCUUCUUCUACGAGCAGGCCUUCCGCCACCACUGGGAGAGAAGCUGGGUCAGCCGUAACUGUAAAGGCUUAGCCAUCCCCUGCCCCAUGCAGUACACCCCCCGCAUGACCCCCGACUUCACCGUCUACAUGAUCAAGUACCUGAUGACCCUCAUAGUGGGCAUCACCUCCGGGUUCUGGAUCUGGUCUGGCAAGACACUCCACUCCUGGCGUAAGUUCUAUACCCGACUCUCAAAUGGUAGGCACGGAGAGACCACUGUCUAGGGAGGGAGGUCAAAACAUGGGACUUGUUUUGGGACAUUCGUUUGGAUGUUUUAUAGUGUGUUUUUCUCCCUCCUAUUUGUUUACUCACUGUCAGAGACUCAGUGGUACUUUUAUACAUUGAUCAUCAGAUACUGUCAGUAUUUUUAUGGAACGUUGACACAAUUUGUAAGAAGUCAAAUAUUGCAUGACAAAAUCAAGCUUUAA